AUGGGGAACCAAACGGAUGUCAGCUACUUUGUUCUGGCAGGUGUUUCCAGUGACCCACAGCUCGAGCCUUUCCUUUUUGUGGUGUUUCUACUGAUAUACCUACUAACUGUGGUGGGGAAUGGCAUGAUCAUGGUGGUGAUAAGAGCUGAUCCUCACCUUCACACACCCAUGUAUUUUCUCCUAUUCCAUUUAUCCUUUCUUGACAUCUUCUACUCUUCAGUCACUGUCCCAAAGAUGCUACAGAAUUUCUUGACAGAUAAGAAAACCAUUUCUUUUAAUGGCUGCCUUGCCCAGAUGAGCUUAAUUCUUUUGGUUUCCUGCGCAGAAAUUUUCAUGCUAUCAGCAAUGGCCUAUGAUCGGUAUGCUGCCAUCUCUGACCCACUGCAUUACUUGGGUACCAUGAAUAAGCAAGUCCGCAUCAGACUAGUGGGUGGUACAUGGCUGAUCAGUAUCUUUCAUGCGUUGACAAAUACUGCUCCUGUGUUACAUUUACAUUUCUGUGGGCCCAAUGAAGUGAACAAUUUCAGCUGUGAGCUCCCAGCUCUACUAGAAGUGUCCUGCACAGAGACCUUCAUCAGUAAUAUGACAUUUAUCAUUUCAGCUGUGAAUUUAGGUUUGAUCUCCUUCUCCAUCACCCUGGUCUCUUACAUGUGUAUCAUUUCCACAAUCCUUAGGAUACACUCUGUGGAGGGUAGGGGUAAAGCCUUCUCUACCUGCAGCUCCCACCUCACCGUGGUUGUUCUGUAUUAUGGGGCUGGUAUGUUUCGAUAUCUGAGACCCAGUCCCGCCUCUUCAGUUAUUCUUGACAGACUGCUCUCUGUCCAGUAUAGUAUCUUAACUCCCAUGCUAAAUCCUAUCAUCUACAGCCUAAGAAACAAGGAGGUAAAGACAGCUUUAUGGAAUAUACUGAGGAAAAUGAAGGACAUGUGA